UUAUGUCGUGUCUCGGAUUUCUAGCUUUAAUGGUGAAUAAUUAGUCUCUUCCAAUGCAUAUGCUCAGAGCUUGACUCCAUUAGAAUGGAAGCAGAAGAAACAGUGAUGGGUGAAUUUGAUGAGGCGGACACUUUUCAUCAUCUUGAAGCUUUGAUGGUUGGUCUGAUGUUCCAAAUUACCUGCGAUGAUAUGUUUGUUUGUAAAGAGGAGGACGUGGAGAAUAUAGUUGUACCGUUUAUGAAAAAUGGUGGACUUUUGGUGAUAUUUCUUGCAGCUACAAAGAAGUGGUACGCUAAGCACGAUAAGAAAGGCCUGGUCUUAAGCCAAGUCACGAAGUUACUUUGGAAGGCAAAUAACAGCUUGAGCUAUCUAGACAGGGAGCGCGUGAGUGACUGGCAUGGGCGGCGAGAAGAGUUUGAAAGGGAAUGGGGAGAAAAAAGUCUUGAAGUAUGCAGUUUUAUCAUGCAGAUUGAUCAUCUCAUCAAACAAGAGGCUAAGGAAGUUUUCCAACUUCCAAAGUCCCAACUAUCCAGUACUCUCAUGUCUCAUCAAAUUUUGGGGGUCUUCGUUGAUUUUCUACGAUCUUUUUUUGAUGAGCUACUUAGAUCCAAAAUAAAUGUGUCAGAAGAGAUGUUCUCGUUUGCAGUAUUUAAGGUAGCAUUGGUUAAGAAGAAGAUCGAAUCAUUAUCUUUGGAGAUAGAACGUGUGGAAGAAGUGAGAGAAGGGCUAUGCUUCCUGUUGACAUUUCUAGGUGAUGAACCCCUCCAGCAUAACAAGUUUGAGAAAGUGAAAGAACUUUGGGUUGAUAUUGAAGUUCUUGCAAACGAGGCAGGGGAAAUCUGCUAUAUGAUAUUCAUAGAUAAAACGGAUGGGGAUGUCAAUCGAGCUCUUUCUGAUUUGCUUCGAAAGAUUGACCUUACUCAUGAAGACAUCAAGGACUAUAUGAACAAUUUUCGGCCUGAGAUAUCUAAGGUUUUGAGGACUGAUGACUUUGUAAUGGGUUUUGCAAGCUCAAUCUUAGAGCAUAUUCAGGAACUAUUGGAAUACAAAACUGAGCUAAUCCAUCCUUUGAAAAAUGAGAUUGAAAUGCUCGUGAAGGAACUGGUGUCUCUAGAAUCCUUCGUUUUGAAAAUUAAGAAAAGAUUAGCCAAGAAUGAAGAGGAUUGGAGAGAUCUCACUUCACGUGUUUUAGAUAUCAUUGACAUAACUGAGUAUGUAAUUUCAUGCUUCGAGGUGCAAGGCAGUCCUAUGUGGUAUUACCAGAUCAGGAUACUUCAUAUAGUGGAAGAGAUUAAGAUUAUUAAGAUGCAGAUGGAUGAUAUAGAGGAGAUAGAUAAGUGUAAUGACGGGCUCUCAGAAGAUAUUGCAGAGAAGUCUGAUGAAAAAUUAUCACAAGUUGACAGUUCAGUUCGUACUAAGGUUAUGGUGGACUGUGUUUAUGAAACAACUAUCAAAGACCAUUUAAUAGGAGGAGAACGAAAGCUUGAGCUUAUUAGUAUUGUUGGGAUGCCUGGACUCGGCAAGACCACUCUAGCUAAGAAGCUAUUUAAUGAUCCUGUUGUUCUCAAGAAAUUUUAUCCGUGUGGGUGGUGCAAAGUUUCUCGUGGAUAUAAUCACAAAAUUUUGUUGCGCGAUAUUUUGAAUUCUAUAAAUAGAUUAGAUAAUGAAGUAAAGGAAAUGAACGAGGGACAAUUAGCUGACACAUUGUACAAGAAUCUAAAAGGGAGUAGAUACCUUAUUGUCCUAGAUGACAUUUGGAAUACUGAUCCCUGGGAUGAUUGUCAAAUGUGUUUUCCAGAUGAUGGUUUCGGAAGUCGAAUCAUCUUCACAAGCAGGAUGGAAGAUAUACAGCUGCAAGGCAAGCCUCUUCACACACCUUAUAAACUCCCAUUUCUGUCUCCAGAUGAUUCUUGGUAUCUUUUAAAACACAAUGUGUUUCAAGAUGGUGAAUUCCAUGAUGAUUUUGAAGAAGUUGGGAAGAUAAUAGCAGAAAGAUGUCAGGGCCUUCCCCUUGCCGUUAAUCUUAUAGCAGGACAUCUUCGAGCAAAGGAAAGAAAAGUCAGCCUAUGGGAAGAAGUUUCAACAAGUUAUAGUGCUUACAUCGGUGACGACCAGAACAUGGGUGAUAAACUUCUUGAACAUAUAUAUAAGCAUUUACCAGACAGUUUGAAACCAUGUAUGAUGUACUGCGCUGGCUUCCCGGAGAAGAAUGAAAUUAAAGUACAAAAGGUGAUGCGACUUUGGAUUGCCGAAGGAUUCAUACAGAAAACCAGCAAGCAUGCGUCUUUGGAGAAGGUAGCAGAAAUUCGCCUGGCGGACUUGAUUAACCGAAGUCUAGUCAUUGCUGUUGAUAGAAGUGCGAAUGGAAGAAUCAAAACUUGCAUACUUCAUACCUGGUUGCAUGACUUCUUCUUGCGGAAAGCACAAGAAGAGAAUUUCCUCAAGAGGAUAGACAGCCCUUUGAGUGCGUAUGAGUCGCAGCAUCACCUAGCCAUUGUCGAUCAAACGUGUCCAGACCGUAUGGGUAUUGGACCCUUCAGCCCUCAUGCUCGGUCCUUGCUAUGCCUUUUCAACCAUGUUCGAUUCUCUGCUGGAUUUGAUCGCUCAUAUAUCUAUAAUGGCCUGAAACUUCUCAAUGUUCUGGAUUUGGAGAGCAUUAACAUAAUGUUUGUUCCGAACGACAUAAAUCGCUUAAUUCUCUUAAAAUACUUGGCUCUACGAGGCGACUUUGAAUCCAUCCCUUUAUCAAUAGGAAGCCUCUGGAAUUUAGAAACUUUAAUUGUGAAAGCCCCUCUAACUUGUUUACCAGAAGCUAUUCUUGGUAUGAUUAAGUUAAAGCAUCUGCUGAUUAAAUCAAAGAAAGUCACUCUAGCAUCCUUGUAUAACCACCAAGCCUUAAACUUAAAAACGGUGCAAACUCUUGGAACAGUGUAUAUUAAUUCUCCUGAAGAUAAGGAAGCAUUGACGAAUUUCCAAAAUGUUCGUGAAAUGAAAUGCAUCUUUACUGAAAUCAAGAUCGGUUCCGAGUAUUGCUUCCAUGCAUUGGAUUUUCUUAAUCACCUUGAGAUACUGCAUCUUUCUUUCUUUAAAAGUUGGGAAGCACGUAAUCAUAAAGUAGCUACCUUGAGCUUCCCACCAUCUCUGAAACAGUUGACACUCUCCGAGUUCUGUCUACCAUGGGAACAGUUGUCUGUGCUUGCGAAAUCAAUGCCUAAGCUUGAGGUUCUCAAAUUAGUUAAUAAUGCUUUCGAGGGGGAAGAAUGUGAUAUGGAUACGGACGAAGUAAAAUUUUCUGAACUCAAAUUCUUCAAGUUGAAAGGCAUCAAUAUUCAUAACUGGAACAUUUCUUGUUCUGCUGACGCCUUCCCGAAGCUCGAGUGCCUAGUGAUAAAAUACUGCGAUAAGCUGAGGAAAAUCCCUUCAAGUUUUGUUGAUAAUGAGAAGCUCCGUUUGAUUCUUUUAGAAGGGUGUAAAAGUUCAGUAGAAAAGUCAGCCAACCAAAUCAAGGAGGAACAGCAAGACUAUGGAAAUAAAAAUUUCGAGGUCGUCACCCGCCCUUCAGAUGGACGAUGGUUCAGAUGAUUUAUGUUUUUGUUUUUUAUUCCUUUUGUUCAUGCAUAAUACAUCAAACAUCAAGUGUUCCUUAUAAAUAUAUUAUGAAACUCAUAUGUGAUAA